AUGACAAUUUCUAACGGUGUCAACGGCCAUACCAACGGCACUCAGCCGUCAUCCUUCAAGAACGGCAAAGUCUCCACUUUGUCUAACACAGCUUCUAUAUCAUCGACUUUGUCUGAUCUCUUUGAUGAAAACAUCACCGCCAAGAUCCUUCAUGCUGCUGAAACCGGGUUAAUAAACAACAACCCACCCUUGGCAUAUCCUGAAUACGUCCCCCAGACUGGACCAGAGACCGGCAAAUAUGUCCUUCGAGAAAAGCUGUUUUGGACAUGUGGUUUCUUCCCAGGCUCCAUAUACUCCCUGAUUGAGCGUAUGAUCAAGUUCCCGCAAGCUUCACCAGGAGGUUCGAAUAAGCAGCAGCUUCUACAGCAACUACUCACUGUCGGACGAUCUUGGUCUGACCCACUGCACGACUAUGCCAAGCGAACAGACACACACGACAUGUCUUUCAUGAUCCAGCCGUCCAUGAGAGUGCGCUGGGAGGUUUUACACGAUUUUGACGCUUUGCAGUCUAUCAUCACGGCUGCACAGUCACUUUACUCCAGAUACAACUCCAACGUCGGCGCUAUUCGGUCUUGGGACGUCCUGUCACAAGAUGGAGUCGACAUUUCGAGCAUGACGGACGACUUCCUUGUUAUCAUCGACUCCAUGUGCAAUCUCGACCUACUAUACUACGCAGCAGCACAGACUGGCCAGACCGAAAUGGCUGAAGCGGCGACAACUCACGCCAAAGCCCUGAUGAAGGCUCUUUUCCGACCCGAAACCGAUGAGUCUGUCGGAAGAACCAUGUACAGCACCUUCCACGUUGUCAACUUCGAUCCCAACAAUGGAUCUGUCAAGGAGAAGAGAACCGGCCAAGGAUACGCCGCAAACUCAACUUGGGCCCGUGGACAAGCCUGGGGCAUCCUCGGAUACUCGCAGACCUACAACUGGACCAAGGAUACCCAGUUCCUUGAUGCGGCCAUAGGGCUUGCUGAAUAUUUCAUCUUCAGACUUCUCAAUUCCCCUGACUGUGUCGAGGUACCUGUGUCCGGAGAGAACCGUACCAAGGGUCGCUACGUACCACUUUGGGAUUUUGACGCGCCCAUUGAUACCUCUGCUCCAUUGCGAGACUCAUCUGCGGGUAUUAUUGCGGCGAACGGUAUGCUGGUGCUCUCACAAGCUUUGGCCGGUAGUGGUUCGCACGAUCUCAGUGAAAGAUAUAGAUCGAUGGCUAUCCGAAUCGUCAAAGACACGCUUGACUUUUCCCUAGCACAAGAAAAGUCCAAGGUCGCACUGAAAGUCGACGGAACCUUUGAAGUUCAGGACUUGGAGUCCAACGGUCAUUUUGAGGCUAUCCUGAAGAACGCUACGGCCAAUCACAAUGCAAAGGACUACAAGAGAUACUGGGAUCAUGGGCUGGUUUAUGCGGAUUAUUAUCUGAUUGAAUUUGGAAACAGGCUGCUCAAGAUGGGUUUGGCAUAA